AUGGAAAUGUCUACAAUCCAGAGUUUAAGACAGUUUAUCAACGAGAGGUUACACACUGCUGCUGAAGACAUAUUUGGAUGUUUUGAAGCGACUGUCGCAAAGUACGAGGAUGAGCUCUGUCGUCAUCGCAGACUGCUGGAUGUAACUUUGGAACCUGUAGUAAAGCUGCAGAGAACAGAGCUCCCACUGCAACAUUGUCUUAAUGAGGAAGAGAUUCCAUCUGACCAGCAGCUCUGGAACCUUGAGAGGAACCCCAGUCUGGACCAAGAGGAGCCAGAACCUCCACAGAUUAAAGAGGAGGAGGAGCACUGCAUCGGUCUGGAAGUAGAGCAGCUUGUACUGAAGCAGGAGGAUCAAGAUAACCUUUUGUUGAAUCCUACUUUCAAGGAAAGUGACCACAGUGAACCAGAACCAAGUGACCACCAGCUCCUCUCCCACAGCUCAGCUCAGAGCCAAGAUCUCAACGGAGGCCAGCAUGGAAACUCAAAAUCAGUUAGUAAUGCAGAGCAGGCAUCAGAAAAGGGUCAUCAUGUCAUCACAAGAGCAAAAGUGAGCACAAGUCCCAGUAACCUUGCAUGUAGCACUACCAUGUCAAAGAUUGUGCCGAAUAUCUGCAAGAGUGAAAAGGUUUUCCAGUGUGACACUUGUGGAAAAGUCUUUAAGUUGAAGUCAGGAUUAAAUGGACAUCUGAAGGUGCACACAGAUGAGAAACCAUAUCUUUGCAAAACCUGUGGAAAAAGAUUUGGUUACAAGUCAUCACUAGUAACACAUGUGAGAGUCCACACAGGGGAGAACCUGUAUUCUUGCGAAAGGUGUGAAAAAAGUUUCACAACUAGCACAAAUUUGAAGAUCCACGAGAGAACGCACACGGGCGAGAGACCUUAUACUUGCAUCACUUGUGGGAGAAGUUUUGCUCUUGGCAAUAACCUGAAGGCCCACGAGAGAAUUCAUACGGGGGAGAAGCCUUUUUCUUGCAAAACUUGUGGGAAAAAAUUUGCACGUGGAUGUAUCUUGAAAGUCCACAUGAGCAGACAUAAAGAGCUCCCACAGCAACAUGUCUGUAUCAAGGAAGAGUUUCCUGCUGACCUGCUGGAGAGGAACCCCAGUUCAGACCAAGAGGAGCCAGAACCUCCACAGAUUAAGGAGCAGCAGGAGGAGCACUGCAUCGAGCUCCCAGAGCAGCAUUGUCUUAAUGAGGAAAAGCUUCCUGCUGACCAGCAUCUCUUGAACCUUGAGAGGAACCCCAGUCUGGACCAAGAGGAGCCAGAACCUCCACAGAUUAAAGAGGAGGAGGAGCACUGCAUCGGUCUGUCUCCUUUUGAAACCUCAUUUAAAUUCACUCGAUCUAGAUUUUUGCUUGGAUCUGCACCAAAUUACACACACUCAUAACUAUCAUUAAUCUAUAAUUUACAUACGUCUGUCUAUUGUCUCCUCUAGAGCUCCCAGAGCAGCAUUGUCUUAAUGAGGAAAAGCUUCCUGCUGACCAGCAUCUCUUGAACCUUGAGUGGAACCCCAGUCUGGACCAAGAGGAGCCAGAACCUCCACAGAUUAAAGAGGAGGAGGAGCACUGCAUCGAGCUCCCAGAGCAGCAUUGUCUUAAUGAGGAAAAGCUUCCUGCUGACCAGCAUCUCUUGAACCUUGAGUGGAACCCCAGUCUGG